AUGAGGAUACAUCCGAUCACUAGACCUUCGUCUCUGGGAGGAUGCAAAGAUAGGAAGAUCCUUCAAAUCCAACUGAAACUAGCUUCAGCUGGAUUUGCUCCCCUUGUGUCCCGAUUCACUAGGCUGUUGACCACUCAAGACGAAAGAGCGGUUGUUUCUUCCAUUCCUACCAAGGACUAA